UUAACAGCCAGGGCCUCGCUCUCGUUAUCAGACUAGCACGAGGCUAAUCUGGCGACAAAGCUAACGGUCUGAAUAUGCUAAGCGUUAGCCAUCUGUUUUGAUUCUGCAGCACCACUGUUGAACGUGUUUAGAGCUAAAUAAGCAACAAAUUGACCGGGUAAACAGAGAUUGCCCCAACCCUGAACGAGUCAUGGCCCAGUUCGGGGGACAGAAGAAUCCGCCGUGGGCGACUCAGUUUGCUACCACAGCCGUGUCUCAACCAGGUCACUCAGGACAGUCUCUUGACCUCAACAGUCUGCACUCUCUUGGUGUGCAACAGCCGUCUCUCCUGGGAGCGUCUCCCUCCAUUUACUCCCAGCAGUCAGCCUUGGCUGCAGCUUCUCUCAGUAACCAGUCUGCAGCAAACUAUCAGCUGUCUCAGCAAACUGCUGCUCUGCAGCAACAAGCCGCAGCUGCUGCUGCUGCCGCUCUGCAGCAGUCUCAGAUCAAUUCAGCACUUCAGCAGUAUCAGCAGCAACAGCAGCAGCAACAACAACAACAACAACAGCAGCAGCAGCAACAACAGCAACCUCCCCAGCAACCACCUCAACAAAUGUAUAAUGUACCUCAUCAGCUUCCUCAGCCUCAGCAGGCGCUGAUCUCUCAGCCCCCCGUCGCAUUGCCCACCAGCCUGAGCUUGUCCAACCCUCAGCAGACGGCACAGAUUACUGUGUCCUAUCCAACACCGCGGUCCAGCCACCAACAGCAGACGCAGCCACAGAAGCAGCGGGUCUUCACUGGUGUUGUCAAUAAGCUACAUGACACGUUUGGCUUCGUAGAUGAAGAUGUCUUCUUUCAGCUGAGCGCUGUGAAAGGAAAAACUCCCCAGGUCGGCGACAGGGUCCUAGUGGAAGCCGUGUACAACCCUAAUAUGCCCUUCAAGUGGAAUGCCCAACGCAUCCAGACUUUACCUCAGCUUGCAAAUCAGUCGCUUCAGCAGCAGCCUCAGCCUUUACCUCAAGCUUCCCCACAGCUCGGCAGCCUUUACAAUGAUCCAGGAAUGCAGCUCCGCUACACAGAUAUGCACUCUGCUAUGGACAACAGACAAAAUAACCAGGCUCAGGCUUCUAACAUGAUCAAGUCGGGCCCAACCAUGAUGCAGUCGCUACCUCCCCCAACCACCUUCAGUGUUCAAGGCCAGGCUCCUCCACCCUCCCUCCUGCAGGCGCAGCUUUCUGCUGCCUCUCUGGCCCCUCUCCUCCAGAACCCGCCUCAGCCUCUGCUCCCACAGCCUCCGACCAAAGAUGUAUUUGCCGGCGGUCUGCUUCAGCCCCCCGUAAGAAUAAUGCCGCAGCCGCAGACCAUGCGGCGGAUGGAGCCUCCGACUCGUUUCCUCUCCCGCAACGACCGCGGCCCUGAGCUCAUCCUCAGGAAUAAAGAAGAACGCAGAGACAGAGACCGCGAGCGGAGGCGAUCCAGAGAACGCUCUCCCACCCGCAAGCGCUCGCGAGACCGCUCGCCAAGACGGGAACGCUCCCCCAGGCGGCCUCGCAGGGUGGUCCCACGCUACACGGUCCAAUUUUCCAAGUUCAGCUUAGAUGGCUCCAGUUGUGACUUGAUGGAGCUGAGGCGGCGCUAUCAGAGCCUCUACAUCCCCAGCGACUUCUUUAACGCAGUCUUCACCUGGGUGGAUGCCUUCCCUCUUACUAGAUCCUUCCAGUUUAGCAACGCCUGCAACUUCCACAUCUUGCACAAAGAAGUCGAUCCUCCAGUCAAAAACACCGCCGUACUGGACCCGCCCGAUGUCAACCACACCUACAGCGCCAAGGUGAUGCUGCUUGCUAACCCCAGCUUAGAGGAGCUUUAUCACAAGUCGUGCGCUCUGGCUGAGGACCCUCAGGAAGUCAGAGAGUCCUUCCAACAUCCCGCCAGGCUUAUUAAGUUUUUGGUGGGCAUGCGCGGUAAAGAUGAGGCCAUGGCCAUUGGGGGUCAUUGGUCUCCCUCCCUGGAUGGAGCUGACCCAGAGAAGGACCCAUCAGUCCUAAUAAAGACAGCCAUACGCUGUUGCAAGGCGCUCACAGGCAUAGACCUUAGUCUGUGCACUCAGUGGUAUCGUUUUGCAGAGAUUCGCUAUCACCGGCCGGAGGAGACACACAAGGGGCGGACAGUCCCCGCUCAUGUGGAGACAGUGGUUUUGUUUCUCCCGGAUGUUUGGCAUUGUCUUCCUACCCGCUCAGAGUGGGAAGUGCUGUCACGGCGACUCCGGGAGCAGCUGGCUGAGAAGCUGUCGGCCGAGCGAAAGGAGGCGGAUGGAGAACAGGAGGAAGAGGAGAAGGAUGAUGAGGAAUCUAAGGAUGUCAGUAUUCCCACUCACUGGACUAAACUUGACCCGAAAUCAAUGAAGGUGAAUGACCUGCGUAGAGAACUUGAUUGUCGCUCUCUGAGCUCAAAGGGAUUGAAAUCACAGCUCAUAGCUCGCCUCACCAAGCAGCUGAAGGUGGAGGAGCAGGUGGAGGAGUCCAAAGAGCCCGAGAAACCGGAGACUAAAGUCCCCGAGGAAGAGGAGCCGCCUCACGCUGAGGAGGACAAAGAGGAUGACGAAAAAAAGAAGCAGGAAGAGCUUGAGCGCCAGCGGAGAGAACGGCGCUACAUCCUCCCGGAUGAGCCCACCAUCCUGGUGUACCCCAACUGGGCCGCCAAGAACGGCAAAUUCGACUGCAGCGUCAUGUCCCUCAGCGUGCUGCUGGACUACAGACUGGAGGACAACAAGGAGCACUCGUUUGAGGUUUCCCUGUUUGCUGAGCUGUUUAACGAGAUGCUGCAGAGAGACUUUGGCUACCGCAUCUACAAAGCGCUCGCUUGUCUUCCUGCAAAGGAUGACAAGAAGGAAAAGAAGGCUAAAAAGGAGGCAGACAAGAAGGACGUGGAAAAAAACGAACCGAAAAAGGAGAAGGACGAAGAGGCCGAGGAGCCAGCAGCUAAAAAGAGCAAAGACGACGAAGAGGACAAAAGGAAGUGCGAGGACAAAGCCCUCAAAAAGGACGAGUCUCGGGAUGAGGAGGACAAUGAAGAUGAGGGCAGCACAGCCAAUGCUGAGGAAUAUGACCCCUUAGAGGCUGAAGAUGCAGAUGAUGACGACGAUGAUGAGGACAAAGACGACGAAGACUCCAACGACAGAGACAGAAGAGACCGAAAAGACGACCACAGGUCGUCGAAGGAAAGAUCCUCUAAAGACAAGGAGAAGAAACAGAUGGUGACCCAGAACCGGGAGCUGCUCAUGGCGUUUGUCUACUUUGACCAAAGCCACUGUGGCUAUUUGCUGGAGAGAGACUUGGAGGAUAUCCUGUACACCCUGGGCCUGCAUCUUUCGCGUGCGCAGAUAAAGAAGCUUUUGAACAAACCUGUGGUUAGAGAGUCCUGUUACUACCGAAAACUGACAGACAGGGAAAACGAUGAAGCCGGACCCUCGUUUAACGAAGCCCACAUAGAGAACCUUAUAGGUAACAGAGCACUGCUUCCUAGUCCGAAAGCUUGUGCUUCGUCUGAGGCCAGUGAGUCUGGUAAUCUGAUCGUUUACAACGGAGCCAUGGUCGACGUCGGCAGCAUGAUGCAGAAGCUGGAGAAGAGCGAGAAGGCUCGAGAGGAGAUCGAGCAGAAGCUUAUUACUCAGGAUGCCAAAAUGGAGGAGGAAGCAAAGCUUAAAGCUCAGUUAGAGCAAGCCAACAAAGCCCUGACCAAGGAGCUGGAGGAGGUGACGAGCAGCCUCAGCCUAACCGAGGAGACCCUGAGAGCCGCGACGGAGCAGAAGACCAUCUACUACGACCUGAUGAGCAAGUCGGCCAACUCCUUGAUGACCACCGUCAACGGGCUUUUGGAUGCACUAAAGAAGGAUCAAGCGGGCGAGUCUGGCGUGAAGCCGGCAGGCGAGCCGACGGAGACGCCUCAGACAAACGGCGCCGACGAAUAACUCGGAGAAAUGAAGCCAACCUGUAAUAUUGAUCCUAAAUUGUAAAUAUUCCCUGAAAGAGCCCCCCUUGAAUCGGUUUUCAUUUGAGCCUUUCCGUCUCCCAAGUAUGUGUAUAAUUUAACCGAGGAGUUUAGAUCCCCCCCCCCUCCCCUGCGUGAAGUAGAGCCUCUUUUUGUUAACGUCUCCUGACGAGUCAUUUUACCCGAGACAAAGCGUUGAAGUGCUUGUUUAGAUCCAACUGCUAACAUUUGGUUUUGCUGUCGCUCUAGCUUUGUCAUGGCCAAUGAAGUGCCGUAUCGUGGAAUUAAUGCCAGUAUGUGUGAGUGGUACUCGAGUUGAUUUGUUUUUUUUUUUAACAAGCAAUAAUGAUGCUAUUUAUGUGCUGGAGAAUUCAUAGAGAAGAAUUAUAAUUAAAAAUAAAGCCGAUCUGAGUGAGAAGUUGUGGAGGAUCUUCAUGUGGUUUGAUUCUUUGCCCCCUUUCUCCACAGUUUGACCAAUUUCUGUUUAACAUUCAGUUGGUAGUUCAUCUGUUUGACUAGUUUAACGGGUUUCUGCUGUUUUUACUCUACCAUCUGGCUAUGCAUGGCUCCUGCCUGUCUUGGACCUUUUUUUUUUGUUCUGACUGUAUCCACCACCCACUGACUGCGCUGCAAGCGUUCGCUGAUUUUCUAAAGAGAGGAAACUAGACAUGAACCCAAAGUUAAUCUCAAUGAAUGUGUGUUCAGCUGAAGGAAUGGGCCUGAACAUUUUGAGAUGCGUCUCUGAACUUUGCGUUGGUUUCAGUUGUUUCUAAGAAGAAGAAGAAGAAGAAGAAAAAUGCUUGAUUACAUUAAAUGUCCUCCAAAGUAGGCAGUUUUAUUUUUCUAUUGACAAUGUACUCUUUGGAUGUCUUGUGCAAGAGUAAAGUGGUCCUUUUAACACUA